UUACGAGUCGUUGUCCAGUCACUCCUUCGGCCUUUUCUUAACUAUACCUCGCCUGCCCGUCGUUGCGUCUGCUAUAGCAGCUGUAACAGUAAUACCGUUCGCCCAUCUACGCCUGCAUACCGAAAGAACAUCGGACGUAGACGGCAUUCGCCUGUACCAUACAAUCACCUUGUUGUAGACUACGAUUGCAACACCAACACCCGCAAUGGAAGGCACAUAUCCCAUGCACCCCGCCCAGGUAAUGGGCCAGUCGCCCUUCUUCUACUACAACCCAGAUCCGCACGGAGAGAACGCGCGCCAACACGGCCACUUCACGCCUCACCCGUCCGGACAAUCGCCGCAGACAUACCAGCCGCAGAACAUGAUCUUCCAGAGGCCCUCGUCGUCAAACUCGCAGGCCGCGUACCCGCACACGGCGUAUGCCAGCCAGAUGCUGACGCCCGUCGCGUCGCCGCAGCCCAUGUACCAGAAGCCCACCAUCCUCAUCCAGCCGCAGGACUCGCCGUACCUGCACCCGAUCGACACUGACUUCUCGGACAUGCGGUUUGCGCCUGCCACGCCGCCGCUGUCAUCGUCCGGAAGCAACAUCAGCAGCCCGCCGUCCACGUGCGACGUGCUGCCCACGCCCAUCAACGCGUUCUUCCCAGGUGAGGGCAUUGAGGGCGUCAAGCAGGGCUGCGAAGAGGAGGUGUUUUCUGAGAUUCUCGCUGCGGGUGCCGACUGGCGAUCCGCGUCGCCGCCGAUGACCCCAGUGUUCAUCCACCCACCUUCGGCUAGCCAGGGGUCGUACCUCCUGUCCGCGACUUCGUGCCCCUCGCUAUCCCCGUCGCCCUCACCACUGCCGCGCGCAUCUUUUGCCGAGGCCGAAAACAACUUCUGCAACCCCCGGGACCUCACCGUUUCUGCCUCCACGCAGCUGCCUUGCCUGCCUACGCUCUGCCCGGGCGACGAGGAGCACAAGCUAGUCCUGAAGGGUGAGGCUGCCAAGGCUGAGAAGGUCGAGCCUGCGCAGGCAUUUGAUUUCACCGCUGGCGCACUCACCUUCGAGCCCCUUUUCGAGCUCGACUCUGAGGACGACUUCGCUGGUCUCGUGCAGUUCCCCUCAACCGACAACGCGCAGUUCCUCGGCAGCAAGCGGCAGCGCACCGACUUGGUCUCCUUCACCCCUGAGGAAGAUAUCGUAAGCGACGCAAGCUUCACCGACUUCGAGGACGAGCUCGCCAUCCACGGCCUACCCCUUACCCCGUGCGACAGCGACUGCUUCAGCGACGCCAUGUCUAAUGCGCCCGCGCCCAAGAAGCGAUCACUCAAGAAGGCUGCCAGGAGCAGCGAGGCGAGCGAUGCGGACACCGAGUAUACGGGUCCCACCGACAACGCCCUCGCCUCCAGCUCCGAUGAGACCACCCCGGCUCCUCAAUCCGCGCCGACGAGCCGCCGUGGCCGCAAGCAGUCCUUGACCGAGGAUCCCUCCAAGACCUUCGUCUGCACCCUUUGCAACCGCCGCUUCCGCCGUCAGGAGCACCUCAAGCGUCACUACCGCUCUCUGCACACGCACGAGAAGCCGUUCGAGUGCACCGACUGCGGCAAGAAGUUCUCGCGCAGCGACAACCUGUCCCAGCACCAGCGCACCCACGGCACCGGCGCCGUUGUCAUGGGCGUCCUUGACCACUCCGAGGUCCAGCAGCCGCCGCAGGCGACUAUCAACUCGUACGACAAUACUGAUCCCGCCAUGCUCGGCCAGAUCCUCUACACCGCUGCUGCCAACAUCUCGAGCUCCAGCUCGGACGGCUACUCGGACAUGGAGCCUACGCCGAUCAAGAUGCGCAAGAGGAAGCGGGACGAGUAGGGCUCCUCUGCCUCAACCUUUCCUUUCGGCUUUCAACCUUAUGACUCUCAUGACCUCCCCGCUCCGUAGAAGGAGUUCUCCCUAAUGCCAGGUGGUUUUCCGUCUGCUUUACGUCGUUACG